AUGAAGCCUUCAAUUGAAGUUGAAGAAGAAGAGGAGGAGAGUUCAAAUGAGGACAGACUGAGUAACUUGUCAGAUGAAACCAUCCAUCACAUACUUUUCUUCAUGGAUGCAAAAUCAGCAAUUCAAAUGAGUGUUCUGAGCAAGCGAUGGAGGUACCUUUGGACUUCCCUCCCUGUCCUCAAUUUUCUCGACUGGUCCUUCGAUAAUCCUGUCAUUUUCCGGUGUUUUGUGAAGCAUGUGUUGUCCCACAGAGACGCUUCCACCAAUCUCAACAUGCUUAAACUUGUAUGCAAUGGUGAUGUUAAUGUGUACAUUGUACAUUUCAUCAUUAACUACCUUAUACCAAGGGGCAUUCAGGAUCUGAGCAUCCUUGCUGAAUGUUGUGUAAGGAAGCUGCCUCAACUCUCUGCUUGUCACUCACUCACCACCCUCAAGCUUGCAUACAUAGCAACUGAGACCACAACGUUUGAUUCUGUUUCCCUACAACACUUGUAUAUUUUUCAAUGUGAGUUCAUGUGUAGUAGGGUCGAAGAGCUUGAUCCUUUCAGUGGUUGUCCCAAUUUGAGGUGUCUGCAACUACUUGAUUGUUCUUACUUUUCCAAAAUUCAGAAGUUUCAAAUCCAUGCUCCGCAGCUAACGGAUUUGAGCAUAUCCAAUAUGAGAGUGCAUAAAAAACUUGAUUCAGACUGCGUGAUUGAGCUUUUUACGCCAAAGCUCCAAUCUUUUAGCUAUAGUGACUCUAAGUAUCUAUAUGAUUUUUCCAUUAAGGUGAAUCUUCCCUUUAUAGAGAAAGUGAAUUUUGAUAUAGGCAGUUUUCAGCACUAUGAUGAAUUCAUGGCAAGGGCCACUAAUUUGUCUCUUAAGCUGAUUGAUUUUUUUGAAGUGAUGGGGAGUGCAAAGUUUGUGUACUUAUCAGCUUAUAUCAUUGUGGCUCUGUCUACAGUUCCUGCUCUACUGGAUGGUCGGUCUUCUCCUUUCACUAGCUUGAAGAAUUUUGAGUUAACAACGGAUACACAUAUCCCUCUUGCCAUACCAAUCAAUGUGAUGGCCUACUUAUUUGGUGGAUCACCUGGAUUUGAUUGUGGAAGGUAUAAAAGGGGUAUUAUAUUAGAUGAGGAUAUGGAUCCUCUCCUGUUCAUAACUGGGUAG